GUCGAAUCUGACUUGCAUCGUCCACCAUUCAAGCUCACAUUCACUUCUGCUCUUCCUGAUCUCCCGACUCCCGCUUCUCUAUCCACUCCACACUGUCUACGAAAUCAGUUGGUUCUGCCAUGUCCGGCUCACCCUCUCCCAUCACCCUCACCUUCGACACCACGCACAACCUCCAGCUCGACGCCUACCUCCCCUUCCCCCAACCAUCCUCCCAGACCAAGCUUCCUGUGGUAGUCCAUUACCACCGAGGAGGCAUGGUGAUAGGCAGUAAGAGCGACGUGUACCCGCCCUUUCUUCCUGGGUAUUUGCAGAGCAUGGGUGUGUUGCUCGUCUCUCCGAACUAUCGACUACUCUUCCCCAGCUCUGCGGAAGAUAUCAUUGCCGAUGUACACUCACUGUUUGCCUAUCUCGCUGCGCCGAAUACCGAAUUGGACGAGACGCUUCGCCAAAACGGGUUCGCUAUCGACGUCUCUCGCAUUGCCGUCAUAGGCGUGUCGGGGGGUAAUUACCCAGCUCGAGCAGCUGCUACACUCCCCGAGAUCGUCCCCCGCCCUGUAGCAUGGCUCGAUCUGUUCGGUAUGGGUGGGGAUUGGCUCCUCGACUUUUGGCUCCAAGGCAUCGACGUCGAAAAGACCAUGCCGCUGGAAAAUACCCUGCACGAUAUGGCUAAAGCUGAGGAUCUGAUACAGAAUGGAGGCGGGGACGUGGCGAGCGAAUCGGAAGGGACCUUGGUGGAUGGGAAAGCGACGGACGUGAUAGGGAGGUUCAACCUGUGGAUACAUUGGCAGAAGGAGGGGACGUUCUUGGACUAUGUCUUGUCUUCCCCUGGUCUUUCAUCUACUUUGAAGAGAAUGCCAUAUGGAGAACGACUCGCUCUCAUACCUCCCGACAAACGCCGCUUCCUCCUCCCCAUCACCCCCCAAACACCUCCCACCUACGUCCUCCACGGCGAUCAAGACCUCCUCGUACCCAUCGAAGAAAGCUACGCCCUAGUCAACGAUAUGAAAACCUUGGGCUUGUCUGUCAAGGGGGUUUGGGUACCAGGGGCGGAUCAUGUACUUAGGGAUCGGAAGAAGGGAGGGUGGGAGGGGAUGGUAGAUGGGUGGGAGGAGAUUGCGAGGGAGGCUGUGAAUUGGGUAGUUGCGGAAGUCCGGCGGGAGAGGCGAUGAAGAGCGAGACACGAGGUACCCUUCAUGUUCGUCCUGGCUUGAUUUUGGAUCUUCUACGGCACCUUCAGACACGCUCCGUUUAGCAUUCGAUCGGCGUUCUUGGUAUACUUGGCGUGGACGAACACUUCUACCUCAUGGACAAGUCAGAAGGGUUCCAUACAAAGAAAACAUCUUUUGAGCUUCUUUUGCCGAGUCAUGGGUCAAGUCCUACUACGCCCUGGCUGACAGCUCUGUGAAGCGAUAGUGCCGCGCUUAAGAUAUGUAGCUGAGAAAUAUGCAGCGACGAUGGAAGACGUCAAUCAUCAAGACCAGGAUUGUUGCCUCGCCCUUUACUGCCACGGACCAAUGAUGAUACGCAGAUGAUACGCGCAAUCACGCGAGAUAAGAUAAGAAGCAACGAGGCCGGCAUUCAUCGGUCCUUACUCGCUUGUCCUUCUUCUUCUUGCGCCAUUCCGCU